GAAACCUCGUGCCUAAACCCCUUGUCAAUCGUGGGCUUCAGUUUCUGAGAAUUGCCUCCGGCCGGCAGCUUCUUCUUCAACUCUCCAACUAAGGUGGGGACAACUGAUGGAAAUACCACGUAGCUUGGCCCCUGAUGUCCAAAUUCCAGAGCCUAUAGAAUACAAAGACGAUGCUUCUGAAGUGGAGAACCUAAAAAAUCAAGUUGAUGAAAUCUUUGUGAAGGUUGAUCAGCUUGAGCAAAGAUUGAAUGAAGUUGAGCAGUUCUAUACAAUUGCAAGUAGAAAGCAACGAAGUGCGAGUACCCCAAAAAGUUUGUCAGCUCUGAAGGAUAAAGACAAGGAGAAGCAAGUUGCUAGCUUUAAGAAACGACAGCAAGAUGCAGCACGUAGGGAAGCAGCUGCUGCCAAAAGAAUGCAGGAACUUAUGCGCCAAUUCCACACAAUAUUACGUCAGAUCACCCAGCACAAGUGGGCAGGACCUUUCAUGCAGCCAGUGGAUGUUGAAGGUCUUGGAUUGCAUGACUAUUUUGAUGUAAUUGAGAAGCCCAUGGACUUCAGCACAGUUAAAAGUAAAAUGGAGGCCAAGGAUGGUAAUGGAUAUAAAAAUGUGCGGGAGAUAUGUGCUGAUGUUCGAUUAAUAUUUAAGAAUGCAAUGAAAUAUAAUGAAGAAAGGGUUGAUGAGCAUGUAAUGGCCAAAACUUUGUUGGGAAAAUUUGAGGAGAAAUGGCUGCAAUUGUUGCCUAAAGUUCAUGAAGAGGAGAAGAGGCGGAAAGAGGAGGAAGCAGAGGCUCAAUUGGAUAUACAGCUUGCUCAGGAGGCUGCACAUGCCAAAAUGGCUAAGGAUUUGAGUAUUGAGUUGUAUUUUGAUGUCCAGCUUGACGAUGUGGAUGCGCAUCUUGAAGAACUCAGGGAACUUGUACUUCAGAAUUGCAGAAAGAUGACAACUGAAGAGAAGAGAAGACUGGGGGCUGCACUCACCCAAUUAUCUCCUGAAGAUCUCAACAAAGCCUUGUUGAUAGUUGCUCAAAAUGAUCCGAAUUUUCAAGCAGCAGCUGACGAAGUGUUUCUUGACAUGGAUGCUCAGAGUGAAUCAACAUUGUGGAAGCUGAAGUUAUUUGUGAAAGAUACUUUGCAGGUAGGAAAAAGUCCAGCAUGUGUGGGAGGAACAACCAACAAUAUGAACAAUACUAGCAACUACCAAAACAACAAUAACAAACGUAAGAGAGAGAUUUGUGUUGCCCUGGCUAAAACUUCCCAUAAAAAGACCAAAAAACUCUCUAUUUAGUGCAGGAUAAUGGUACAGAUAGUUAUACCCUAGGACUGGCUCCUUUUUUGCCUUUUUUUUUUCUAGUGUAAGUGGGAAGUCUCUACCCCGAGACCUCUCACUCACAGUCCCUCCCCCAGCUGGCUCUAUUUAGUUGCAAGUCUUUAUGAAUAUGGUUCUACUGUAGAGAGAGAAUUAUUUCCAUUUGAAGUGACUGGUUUGUCUUCUCCAAGUAGACACGAAAUUCAAUUCUACUGUAUAGUUUAGUUCUUUCGCAGAGAUCAUUGAGCAAGAUUCUGCUAGACAACAUGGUUUCACCAAAUGCAUCCAUGUAUUAUAUUUCAUAUGCUGAUAAUGACUAUUGUGCUCUCAAUUAUGUCUU